AUGUCGGAUCCAAUAGGACCAGCACAUGAACAACGACGACCAUCUCAAUCGGAACCAGCAGGUCUACCGGUUCAGGAUCAACAACCAAUAAAAAUAGCUCGUCGUCCAAGUGCAUCAAAUGGAAGUACUGGAAAAGAUUCUAUAGUUACUACUGCGAAUAUAUCAUCCGAAGAUCGGGGAAAAUAUCGUUCACCUUUAGUUUCACGUUAUGCAUCACCGGAAAUGAGUUAUAACUUUAGUGAACUUAAGAAAUUCUCAACUUGGAGACGUCUUUGGUUUUGGUUAGCCAAAUGUCAAAAACAAUUAGGUUUGGAUAUAACUGAUGAACAAUUAGAUGAAAUGGAAAAAAAUGUAACUAAUAUUGAUUUUGAUAUUGCUGAAGCUGAAGAACGUCGACGACGACAUGAUGUUAUGGCACAUGUACAUACAUUUGCUCGUUGUUGUCCUAAAGCUUCACCAAUAAUUCAUCUCGGUGCUACAUCUGCCUUUGUUGGUGAUAAUGCAGAUUUAAUUGUUAUGCGAGAUGGAUUUGAACUUCUUAUUAACAAACUUAUUCGAUGUAUUCAACGUUUAACAGACUUUGCACGAGAAUAUGCUUGUUUACCAACACUUGGUUAUACUCAUAUGCAACCAGCACAAUUAACAACAGUAGGAAAAAGAGCAUGUAUUUGGAUACAAGAUUUAUUAAUGGAUUUAAAAAAUUUUGAACGUGUUAGACGACAAUUAAAAUUUCGUGGAGUUAAAGGUACAACUGGAACUCAAGCAUCGUUUUUACAAUUAUUUAAUGGAGACCAUUCUAAAGUCGAGGAUUUGGAUCGAAUGGUAACAGAAAUGGCUGGCUUUUCAAAAGCCUUUAUUAUUUGUGGUCAAACAUAUACACGUAAACUUGAUGUUGAAGUCGUAAGUGUUCUAUCCAGUUUUGGUGGUACAAUUCAUAAGAUGUGUACUGAUAUUCGUUUAUUAGCAAGUCUCAAAGAGAUUGAAGAGCCAUUUGAAAUUGAACAAAUCGGUUCAAGUGCGAUGCCUUAUAAACGUAAUCCAAUGAGAUGUGAACGAUGUUGUUCACUUGCACGUCAUUUAAUGAUAUUAGUUAAUGAUCCGUUAAGUACACAUUCUGUUCAAUGGAUGGAACGAACAUUAGACGAUAGUGCUAAUAAACGUAUCUGUAUUCCUGAAGCAUUUUUAACUGCUGAUAUUAUUCUUACUACUUUAUUAAAUAUCAGUGAAGGUCUUGUUGUAUACCCAAAAGUUAUUGAUAAGCAUAUUAAACAAGAAUUACCAUUUAUGGCAACAGAAAAUAUAAUCAUGGCAAUGGUUUCGGCUGGUGGUAAUCGUCAAGAAUGUCAUGAAAAAAUUCGUACAUUGUCUCAAAAAUCUGCUGAACGGGUUAAAAUGGAAGGAUUAGAUAAUGAUCUAGUUGAACGAGUUAAAGUUGAUCCAUAUUUUGCACCUAUUGUCAAUAAACUUGAUGUUCUUCUUGAUGCUAAAACAUUCAUUGGAAGAGCACCGGAACAAGUUUAUGAAUUCAUAUCACGUGAAGUUGAACCAACAUUAAAAAAUUUUGCAAUGGCCGCAACAUCGAAUACAUCAAAACCAACUGAAUUAGCUGUCUAA